CCGUCCCAGCGCGGCGCGCACACAUCACCCCCCGUUUCCUUCCCUUUCUCUCCCUGUCUCCGUCCGUGUGUCCUGAGAGAAAUGGCGGGCGGGGGCGGGCUGGUGGUCAGCUUCGGGGAGAUGCUGGUGGACUUCGUGCCGACGGUGGCGGGGGUGUCGCUGGCGGAGGCACCGGCCUUCCUCAAGGCCCCCGGGGGCGCGCCGGCCAACGUCUCCAUCGCGGUCGCGCGGCUCGGCGGCGAGGCCGCCUUUGUCGGCAAGCUCGGCGACGACGAGUUCGGCCGGAUGCUGGCCGCCAUCCUCCGCGACAACGCCGUCGACGACGGCGCCGUCGUCUUCGACGCGGGCGCGCGCACCGCGCUCGCCUUCGUCACGCUGCGCGCCGACGGGGAGCGCGAGUUCAUGUUCUACCGCAACCCCAGCGCCGACAUGCUCCUCACCGCCGACGAGCUCAACGUCGACGUCAUCAAGAGGGCUGCAGUCUUCCACUAUGGAUCAAUAAGCUUGAUUGCUGAGCCUUGCCGGUCGGCACAUCUGCGUGCCAUGGAGAUUGCCAAAGAGGCCGGCGCGCUUCUCUCAUAUGAUCCGAACCCGAGGGAGGCAUUGUGGUCAUCCCGUGAGGAGGCUCGCAUCAAGAUCUUGAGUAUCUGGGACCAGGCAGACAUUGUCAAGGUCAGUGAGUCUGAGGUCGAGUUUUUGACCGGCAUCGACUCAGUUGAGGAUGAUGUUGUCAUGAAGCUGUGGCGCCCUACCUUUAAGCUCCUCCUGGUCACUCUUGGAGGUCAAGGAUGCAAGUACUAUGCCAGGGAUUUCCGUGGAGUUGUCCCAUCGUACAAAAUACAACAAGUUGACACAACAGGUGCUGGUGAUGCAUUUGUUGGUGCUCUGCUCCGAAAAAUUGUCCAGGAUCCAUCAUCACUGCAAGAUCAGGAAAAGCUCGAGGAGGCGAUUAAAUUUGCCAAUGCGUGUGGAGCAAUCACCACCACAAGGAAAGGGGCAAUCCCUUCAUUGCCCACAGAAAUUGAGGUCUUGCAGCUGAUGGAGAAUGCAUAGAUGCUUAUGAUUUCGCUAGCUUGUAAUUCUGGAAGUUAUAUUGUACGCUGAUGGAGAAUAUUCAGUUGUAGUGGAUGAUAUCUUGUACUACCAGCCAUAAAUGGAAUCUUGAUCCAGAAAUUCUGCCA